GAUAUUAAUUUUAAGUUGUUGAAUUAAAUUAAAUUUUUUAACUGAAUUGACAAACAAUAAUUGAGGGGAAGUAAUAAGAAACAGAAUCAAAGCUUGAACUCUUGGCAUUUUAGCCAGUUAAAACAUUUUUUUUUUUUUUUCUUUUGAACAAAGCCAUUUUUAUACUUUUAAAGUUCGUAGGACGCAAUAGGAAAAAUUAGACUGAAUUGACUAUUUUUAAGAAAUAAUCUCUGUAAAUGAGCCAAAAGAUUAAAGUUUAAGCUAAAUGUAGGGGGCAAAUUGGCAUUUUAGCCUUCUUGCUCUUAUCAUUAUAUAUAUAUUGUUUUUUUGAAAUAAGAAGAAUUUCAUCAAGGCGCAAUCAAUACAUCAGAAAGUAAUUUUGGCGCUCAUUUCAAACUUGAGGACUAGCAUAGAAACGCGAUGCUCUAGCAGGACUACGAGCAAUCGCAUUUGCUUGUAUCCUAGCAAAACACAAUUGAAAAAUUCCUUUCAUUAUAUUUGCAACUUGGUGUUUUGAAGUUCUGUAUAGAAGCUUAGAAAGAAAAACUCAUAGACACCAAGUAUCCUAUUCUGCUGGAGUCCAUUUCACAGCAUCUUAGGUGAAAGUAAAAAAUGGAGAUAGAUAGGCUACACAAAUUACAAGAUGAUCGAAGUGAUUGUCGGAGUAUAGGCAGCAAUUAUCAACCAUCCAGUCAAUCUAGAAAGAUUUCAGUUGGAAUUACCAUAGACUCACUGGGGACUAAAAGAUCUGGAGCUACAAAGAAAGAAGAGAUUAUUAUAUCAAAUGCAGAAAGGGAAAAUGAUAACAAAGAAAAUUCUCUUGAAGAUAAAAUGAAGGGAAAAGGUGUUGCAGAAGCUAUUGAAGGAAAGCAUACUGAAGCUCCAGAGAAGGUCACUUCCCCAUGGAUAACUACUAGAUCCUUCUACCAAAACCCGCCAACUUCUGAGACUUUUGUUUUUGGGAAACAAACAUCCAAUUUACCAGCCACUAAAGGGAGAAGGAGCAAGCUUAGCAGACCACAGGACACUGCAAUAGCACAUUCAGUACAGUUAUUGGAAAACCAGUUCGGUGAUGGCAAGCAGAAGACUUUUAAAGGACUUAUCUACAAAAGGAAGGGAAGUAACGACGGGAACUCGCAGAAGGCGGCGGAUUUUACAUUUGCAACAGCACAGGAAGUUCUUGUGUCUGAUAAGGUAGCAACAGAGUCAGAAAGUAAAAGAGAAAAUAGAAGAACUGAAACUUUGAGAAUGAAACUAUGGGAGAUACUGGGAACUGUUUCUUCACCUAGAAGUCAGCCCUCUAAUUCUCAGGCUCGUGAUGAAGGUGCUAAUAAUUCAAAGCUGGAGAAAUCACAUCAUCAAAAUGGUGAUGCAGUUAUCAAGCCUAUACAGAAUUCGGAUACCAUUGAAACUGAUUCUGAAAAUCCUGAUCAUACAAUGAAGAGACCAGCAACUCGUUCUUUGACCCAAAAUAUAGUUAAAAGCAAAGCACAACCAGUAAAGACUAAAACUGGCCCAUCAUCUAGUUACAGAAACAAACUUCCUGAGAAGAAUAUCUUCUCCUUUGAAGAAGGAUUGCUUGGAAAAGGAGACGGUGCUGUCAAUGGUGGUUCCUCAAUGUCUGGAAGAAAGAAGGGUGGCAGAAAGACUUAUGGCAUUGAACCACAUAAGAUUCACUUCAGUGAGAAGAACAAUGCAGAUGGGAUUCAGGGAGAACACUGUACGAGUGUAAAUCCAACACCUGUUGAAAAAGCAUCUUCAUAUAGUGAUAGAAGGGAAAAUAUUCAAGGCUGUUCACCUCAAAGUAAGGGUGAGUAUGUUGAACAAAUAAAUCGAACCCAAGGAGAUACCCAUCAAUCUCCAAGGACAGAUUCCCAUUACUCAGCAGGAAAAAACAGGGUGGAGCGCCAGGGGGAUGAUAGUAGUCGAGCAGUACCAGAAAAUAAGGAUCAGCAAGAAGCUUUUGAUCAACCAUACUUAAAGAAUUUUAUGGAUCCACAGGAUGAAUUCCAAAGUCCAACAUUUAGAAUAAGUACUCCUAUGUUAAGCUCUUCCCCUAGCUCAACACCAAACUCUGACCAAACACCAAACACUGACCAAUUAGAGCAGAAACUUUACAGCCCUUUACUGGCAGGUACAAGAUUUAAUCUGGGGAAGAUUCGCAAUUUUCGGACUAUGAACAAUUCAAAAGCAGAUUGUCAUACGCCAAAUUCUAAAACUGAAUCAUCUGACGAUGAAAUGGAGCUUAAAGAUUCUCCACCCUCCAAACCAUCACCUCUUAAGGGAAGAAAAGAAGUAGAAGAUGGCCUUUCUAAAUCAUCAUCUGAAUAUGAGGACUCUAUGCGCUCUGAAGAAGAGCAUACAGAAAUAGACGCCUUCACUCCAGAGAGAUCCAAUUCCGUGCUUUAUUCUUCUAAAAGGCUCCGGAAUCUCGAAGGCAAAAGUGUUAGCAAUUUCAAUUCCACCUUGCCAUCUACAACAGGCAUUGGUGACAGUGACUGGAACCCAGAGCCUUCAGAACAAAAGCAAGAGAAUGAAAUUGAAAGGGUCAUCACAUUAUUUGCUUUGGCUUUAGAAAACUUUAAAAACAAAAUGAAGGCAGCAAUUAGAAAGAGAUCCUCUGACAUUUUGAUAUCUGUUUCUGAGGAUAUACAUCUACAGCUGCAGAAUGUUGUGUCACAAAUCCAAACAGAUGUUGGGGAGCUUACAAGCAAUUGUAAAUCAAAAAGAAAAGUGUUGGAGAUGAAAUUUCAAGAGCAACAGGAAAAACUGAACUUGAUACAAGAUAAAUUCAAACAAGAUAUUCAUCAGCAUCUCCAGGAUUGUAAAAGCUCGGUGGAAGAGCUUGAAAUGCACAAUUUUGACUUGAAGGGAACUGUGAAAAAGCAAAAAGCAUCACACAAGAAGCUUCUCAUGAAAGUGGAAGAAGCAGUUGAAACACAGCUCAAUGGGGCUGAAAGGAGAAUAACAGCUGUUAACAAGGCAAGUUUCCUGCUUUUGUUUAUGGGAAAAGAAUCAAGGGCAUCAUUUCCUUACAUAUGGGCGUUAUAUGCACUUUUCUGUUUAUAGUUGGCAUUCAUUGGUGUUACAGUCAGCGAGGCAAAAAAUGAUCCAAAUUGGACAAGUUAUAGCCGAGUGUCUGAAUGAAGGUAAUCUAAGUUGACAUAGUUGAACUGCUGGACAGCAAGAUGGAACUUGGUCCAGAUUUAGGUAGAAGAGGCCUUUUACUGCGCUAUUCCAUUAAAUAUUCACAUUCUUUGGAUAAGUCAAAAGUAGAGAGAAAGAAUAGGUAGAGGUAGAGCAUAGUAAUUCGUGGGAGAUUGACACUUAGAAGAGAUGGGAAAGGGAUCCGUUAUCUGUAUGUAAUUACAUAGUUUUAACCAGUUCUACUGAAAACACGGCCCAACAAUAUCAUUAUCGCGCUUCAUAUCA